AGGACACGCGUGGUGACGUAACCGCUCUGGAUGUGCUGACGCUCGUCGUCGGGAGAGCGGUGUGCGCAUGCGCGGCGCUGACAGCCGCACUCGACCUGAUCCGCAGAGUGUGUUUAAUAAUGGCCUGGAAAUCCGGAGGAGCGAGCCACGCGGAGCUCGUCAACAACCUCCGCAAAAAUGGGAUCAUUAAAUCGGACCGUGUGUAUGAAGUUAUGUUGGCCACAGACCGUGCACACUUCUCCAAAUGUAAUCCAUACAUGGACUCGCCACAAUCUAUAGGUUACCAAGCAACAAUCAGUGCACCGCAUAUGCACGCGUAUGCUCUGGAGCUCCUCCAUGAUCAUCUGUAUGAAGGAGCGAAGGCUCUGGAUGUGGGAUCAGGCUCCGGGAUCCUGUCCGUCUGCUUCGCCAGAAUGGUUGGGCCGAAGGGGAAGGUGAUUGGCAUCGAUCAUAUAAAGGAGCUUGUGGAUGAUUCCAUAACUAAUGUCAAAAAAGAUGACCCUAGUUUGAUCUCUUCAGGGAGAAUCAAUCUCAUUGUUGGAGAUGGAAGAAUGGGCUUUACAGAAGAAGCACCUUAUGAUGCUAUUCAUGUCGGAGCCGCAGCUCCCACAGUGCCACAAGCAUUGCUGGACCAGCUGAAGCCAGGGGGGCGUCUGAUUCUGCCGGUCGGGCCAGCUGGAGGGAACCAGAUGCUGGAGCAGUAUGACAAAUUGGAGGAUGGCAGUACCAAAAUGAAGCCACUGAUGGGCGUGAUUUACGUGCCUUUAACAGACAAAGACAAGCAGUGGUCAAGGUGGAAGUGACUUCCUGUCCUCUGUCCCUUCUCUCUUCUAGGGCACAGGGAUGAACUUUGAAAGGAUGCUCUGGCAAUACUCAUCGCAACAUAUGCGCGUACACACACACACACACACACACACACACCCAACUGGACUUCACUGGGGAGAGCUUGUAUAAAUGCUGUAUUUCCAUACCUGUGACAGUCUGAUGGUUUUGAAAGAUGGAUGUUUUGAUGAGAUUCUUUUAUUUAAAAAGAAAAGAAGUGGACUAGGGCUUUUCUGCUGAGAUUUUCAUGCCUGCAGUUUGAGAAUUGUGUGAAUGCAGUUUUUUUUUGGAUUUGAUGCCCAGGUGCAUUUUCCUUGUGAAGACUUCAGUAUUACAGUCAUUUGGAUUGUUUGUGUGUCUCAGCAUAAUGCAAACAGAACACGGGGGUCGGCCUUUGUGCUGAAUCCACCCUGUGAUUAAAUCAUAAUUCACUGCUACAUAAUGUGUAGGGGAUGUCUUUGCUACAAGUCCAUGUUAAUAGUAAUGGCUUGUGUUUUCAGCUGAAGCAUGUGAUGCCCAGGCAGAAUAAAACUACUUUACAUUUCAUAAUUCCAUCAUAAGAUUCUAAAGUUAGCCACAAGAGGCCAUGUGUUACAGUGAUUUUACCAUGGUUGUGGGAUGUUCUUUGGUUUGAUGCAGAGCAAACCUCUUUAACCGUCAUAAAAUCAGCUGGUCAUUAUAGCAAAUCUCUCAACACUAAGCAGAACUGUUAUUCCUGGAUGCUUACCAACCAAAUAAAUUGACAUGACUUAUUGAAA